CGAUGAUCCGACGAUGAAUCGGCCUUACCGCGGAAAAAUCCCAACGAUCGUGAAAUCGAGCGAAAGAAAGGUCGAGGGAUGAAUACGUGAAACGAAUGCGGAAAGUGUAACGCAUUGGAGGAAAUGGGGAUGUGGCUCGGUUCGAGUCGACUGGCGACUGAAUCGAUCGCGACGGGGAAAAGUCGGGAAUCGGAUCAAGUCCAUCGCUAGUAAACGAGUCGACCGACCGGCUGACCAACCACGGGAUACGCCUACUGCUUGCUCGCUCGCUUGCUUGCUUGCUUGCUUGCUUGCCACGGCACAAGCCAGGUCGUGUACGCCAGGUCACGAGGAGAGAGAGUCAGUCAUACCGACGCCGUGCUACCAUUCGCGUCACUCAUUGGUCGAACAUCUCGUCGACAGCCUCCUCUCGAAGAUACGCCACGCGACUACCGAUCUACCGGCUCGUUUCCGAUCUCUUGGCAAGUCUCUCGGCCUGGUCUUCGCUAGCGAGUUGUCGUCUUCGACGCCGAUUUCUUCUAUCUUCGCGGAACGACGGGACGACAUCGGGCGACGAUUCGGAGCGUGCCGUCUGGACGAGGUUGCAAGGAAGCAGGAAAACGUUGGAGAGAAAGGAGGACGAGCCCAGCCGGAGAAGCGUGAACGAACGUAAGAAGAAAGAGACAGAAAAGAGAGAGAGAGAGAGAGAGCGCCGGAGGGAGAAACGCGUGGCCGUGCGUGCGAGAGGAGGCAAGCUCGCGGCAGGAGCAGCAGCCACGGAGGCAGAGCGAGAGAGGCGGAGUGCACGAGGGGCGAUAAUCGAGGAUUUGAAUGGGUGGGCCGGGAGCCGGUAGGGUUAGCAGGCACGAGCUGAACGCGGUGCCAAAGAGCGACGUCGGUCACGGGGAUCGGACCCUCGUAAUCGGCGAGCCAACAGCACCGGCACCGGCCUGUCGGUGUCACCCUCCGACUUCCAUCGCCACGUCGACCUCGAACUCGACGACUUCCGGCCAUCACCUGGUCCCCGCCCAGCUGCCGCCCUCGCCGCCGCCUCUCGCCUCGCUGCACAUCGCCGUCGACAACAACUGCAUCGGCAACAGUUCCAUAGGCAACAACAACAACACCACCAACACCACCAACACCACCACCGCCAAGCCAGACGCGAUCUCGAACGGUACCAAGGCUGCUGCCACCAUGUCCUCGCCGCCCAAGCAUCGAAGGGGCUUCGACCCCAACGACGUAAACGCCACCGACUAUCGCCGUUAUCGUCGCGUUAAAACGACGAGACGAGGCUUUGUAUGUUCCACACCGUGACCUUGGGCGCCUUGGACACAGACCUACCCUGCGACAUCUCUCCCUGCGACAUGUAUCUGUCAGCACGAGGCAUUAAAACACACACAAGCUUGCGAUGUUCGAUGUUGGGCCGCUUAACUGGUUGUAUAUCUCCCGUCACGAAAAA